GCCAAAACCCUGACCCCGAACCCCUUUACUCUCGCUCUCUCGACGAGUCUGAGCCCCACACCUAAAUCCUUCCGCCCCCACUGUCUCCGCAGCCUUUCGCCGCCGGCGAGACCGGAUCCACGGAAGCGCGAGCGCGGCGGUGAUGGGCGGCGGGCAGAAGCGUGGCCGCACGCAGCGGCGGCACUUCAAACAGAACCGGGAAAACGUCUGGAAGCACAACCCCAAGAAGACCCACCUAGAUGGCCCCUCCACCGACGACUCGAACCCCUCGUGGGAGCCCUUCGCCAACCAAAACCCCGGAUUUGAGGAGUACUACAAGGAGCAAGGUAUUGUGCCUGAAGACGAGUGGGAAGAAUUCCUUUCUUUACUCCGGAAACCGCUGCCAGCUGCUUUUAGAAUCAACGCCAGUGGCCAGUUUUUUCCAGACAUUUUAUCACAGCUGGAAAACGACUUUAUGAAAUCCCUGGAGGCUGAGGUUAAUGAUGAACAUGAAAUAGAAGCUAUUAGACCUUUGCCUUGGUAUCCUGGGAAUCUUGCCUGGCAUUUAAAUUUUUCCAGGAUGCAAAUUAGGAAAAACCAGGCACUUGAGAGGUUCCAUGAGUUUCUAAAGCAGGAAAAUGAGGUUGGCAACAUAACAAGGCAGGAAGCUGUUAGCAUGGUACCUCCAUUGUUCUUGGAUGUACUUCCGAAUCACCAUAUUCUUGAUAUGUGUGCAGCUCCUGGAUCCAAAACUUUCCAGUUGCUUGAAAUCAUACACCAAUCGACUCAACCUGGAUUACUGCCCGAUGGGCUGGUAAUAGCAAAUGAUGUUGAUGUUCAAAGAUGCAAUCUCCUCAUCCACCAGACAAAAAGGAUGUGCAGUGCCAACUUGAUAGUAACAAAUCAUGAAGCUCAGCACUUUCCUAGUUGCACUUUAACUAUGGAUUAUAUGGAGACUUUCAGAGGAGGACAAGAGGAACUGAGAGCAAACAUUUUGCAAUUUGAUCGUGUUUUAUGUGACGUUCCUUGCAGUGGUGAUGGUACUCUGCGUAAGGCUCCUGAUAUUUGGAGAAAAUGGAAUGCAGGAAUGGGUAAUGGUCUUCAUCGUCUCCAAGUGGAGAUUGCUAUGCGUGGUAUAGCUUUGCUUAAAGUGGGUGGAAGAAUGGUUUACUCUACUUGCUCAAUGAAUCCAGUUGAAGAUGAGGCUGUUGUAGCUGAGAUUCUUCGGAGAAGUGGAGGGUCAGUUGAGCUUGUCGAUGUCUCAUCUGAGCUACCUGAAUUGAUCCGUCGCCCUGGUCUUAAGACAUGGAAGGUAAAAGAUAAAGGUCUUUGGCUAACUAGUUAUAAAGAUGUCCCUAUCUAUAGGAGGAGUGUGAUAUUACCAAGCAUGUUUUCUUCUAAUCAAAGCUGCGGAGGAAGACCUGUGUCUUGUGAUGGUGCUCAAGAGGAUGUAGAAGUGCUUGGUGGUGCUACUGGGAAGGAGAAUGUUACCAAUCUGAGAAUGAGAGAUCAGGAUUAUGAAAGCAAAGAACAUGAAACUCACUCUGGGAACUUGCAAAAUAAUAAGGUGCAGGCUGACACUGGCGAAAUUGCAAAUAAAAUGCAGGAAGUUUCCAGCAACAAAAGUCCAGCUGCUGAGGAACCAGAUGGCAAUUCCAAAGUUGCAGUUUCAAGUUUUCCACUCGAGCGCUGCAUGAGGAUACUUCCUCAUGAUCAGAACAGUGGAGCAUUUUUCAUUGCUGUUCUUCAGAAGCUAUCACAUUUGCAUGGUAAUUCAGCCAGUCAUACAAAGCAGUCAAAUAAUAUUAGGAAUAAGGUAUCAACAACUGUGGAUUUUAUCUGUAAAGAUGAACAUGAGGCAGAAAUAAAGCCAUCUGAAGAUCUACAUCACCAAGCUGUUGCUGAAGCAGCUUCCAGUGCCAAGUUAAUAGGUGAUCAGUCAAAAAAAAAUUCAAAAACUAAUAGUAUGCAUUCCGAAGUUAGGAACUCAGAGGAAGUGAUUGCUUGUGAUGAUGGGGAGACUGGCCAAGUGGGAAAGAAAGAUGUAAAGGGAAAGUUACAGAUACAGGGCCGGUGGAGAGGGGUUGAUCCUGUUGUACUUUUCACAGAUGAAACUACUAUUAAUAGUAUAAGAUCCUUCUACGGUAUCAAUGAAUGUUUUGCCCUUGAUCGUCACCUUGUGACUCGAAAUAGUGAUGCUAAUCAUGUGAAGAGGAUCUAUUAUAUAUCAAAAUCAGUUCAUGAUGUCCUCCAGCUAAACUUUAGGGUCGGGCAACGGCUUAAGAUAACAUCUCUUGGCCUUAAGAUUUUUGAGAGACAAAAACCAAAGGAUGGCUCAUCACCAUGUUCAUUCCGAUUAUCAUCAGAAGGAUUACCAUUGCUGCUUCCAUACAUCAGCAAACAGAUCUUGUGUGCAUCCUUAGUGGACUUUCAGCACCUUCUACAGUACAGGACCAUCAAAUUCGCAGAUUUCGUUGAUGCCAGCUUUGGUGAGAAGGCUUCAAAUUUGAUGUCAGGUUGCUGCGUGGUGGUGCUUAAUGAAGGAAAUCAAAUAACAGAUAAUAUUGUGGCAGAUGCCUCGACAAUUGCCAUUGUUUGCUGGAAAGGCAAGACUAAUGUGAGCGUCUUAGUCUCGCAAUUGGAUGCUAAAGAACUACUUGAAAGGCUAGCUGUGCGUUUUGGAAGUGAUGGAGGCACACUCUUGGAAGAAAAUGAGACCAAUUCCGAGAUUGAUACAUUAAAAAACUCUGAGGAUGCUGAAUCGACAGAUGGCUUUGAGAUGGUUGAUCAGGAAGGUUUUUGAGCAAAAAGUGAUUAGACAAAUAAUGAGGCAAGAAGAAGAUUUUGGCUUCCGGGAGCCACUACUAUUGGUAUGUAAUCCUGGUUUGUGUAUGUCUUUACAUGAAAUUUUAUUUUUUUGCAAACAAUCGAAAGCCAAGCGUAAGACCGAUACUAUAUAUACAUUAGCCACUCUAAUCGAAAUUUUAGAUUCUCCGGUCUAUGUUGGUUUGUAGAGCUUUCAAUCUUGGUCUUGAUUCCAAAAUGAGGCAAUGAAGAAGAUUUUGGCUUGUGUAAACGGUUAUUCAAUAAUUCAACAGUGAGUGGGUUCUUCA